CCGUCCUUCCGCUCCUCACCCCACCCACCUCCCGGAACCAAACUCCCCUCCCUCCCUGGGCAGCGCCCUGCGCCAACGCAUUCCCAAGUCAAACCGAACCGAGCCACCACCAACACCAACCAACCGAUCGAGGCACCGAGCGCAUGGAGGCCGCGGCGACCGCGCCCCCUUUCGCGGCGGCAGCGCCCGCGAGGAGUACAGCGCGGGUGGCGGUGGGGUGCGCCGCGCGCCCUCGGCUACGGCGGGGGCGGGGGCGGGGGGCGUCCGUGGUGGCGAAGCUGGAGGGCGGGCUGGGGAAGGGGGUGCCCACCACCAACUACGUGGUGCCGCUCGACAAGGCCACCGGGAUGACGAGGCCGCUCGUGGAGAUCCUGCGCGACCUCAACAAGCGCGUCCCCGACAAGAUCAUCGACCCCGACACCAACACCGUCCCCUGGUACCAUGCCAAUAGAAUGCUUAGCUUUUACGCACCAGGUUGGUGCGGAGAAGUUCGAGAUGUUAUUUAUUCUGAAAAUGGAACUGUAACUGUGGUCUAUCGACUGAUACUGAAAGGAACUGAUGGAGAGGCAUUCAGAGAUGCCACGGGCACAGCACAAGUGCAUGAGGGCCGCAGGGAAGACGCCGUUGCAGCUGCGGAGGAAGCAGCAUUCUGCAAAGCUUGCGCACGGUUUGGUUUUGGCCUGUAUCUGUACCACCAGGACGAGGCCCAUAGAGACGACGACAGCUUCCACUGAGGCUCAUUCCGCACCGGAGCUGAUCUCAAGUCAUUACGUGAGUUUGAAAUGCCCGGGAGGACUUCAUGUCGCGAUAAAUUUUUGCUCUUUGCGUAGUACCAUACCACAGGCGUGCUUCCACCUGAAUGUGAAUGUAGAUACAAAGAAGCCUGUAAUCUAGUGGUACCAACUGAAUUUUUGCUCUUUGAUUAUUGUAUUCGUUCCUUCUUCCAUGGUACCAACUGUCAAAUUGUCUAUGCUUACUUAUCUCGUGGUGUACUUACUAGAUCAUCAAUGUUUAAUUAGAUGUUCAUUGACUUUGUGCUUU